GCCCUUUCUGGCACAUCCGCCGUCGCGCAAAGUGGCGCUCGUCGUCCAUCCCGCUCAGCCACGCUCAGCUGCCCCAGCUGCCCAUCCACCAUCCCACCUUUCCAUGCCGCGCUCACCAUAGCGGACAACCACAGCCCCGGGAGCCUACUCUGCCCUAUCCCGACUCGGAGACCCACACUCCUUCGUACGUAUCCCCAUGCCACCUAGCAUCCUCCCCCCUGGACAUUCCAAAUCGUCAUGGUGGUCUCGCGGCAAACCAGCCAAGGAGCUGUCCGUCAAGCCCAUGCGCUCCUUCUCCAGUCUCGACGAUGACGCCGAGAUGUCAUCGACGUCGUCCAUGUUCCCCGUCUCCCCCAGACCCAAAGAGACAUCUGGUUCGCGGCUCAAGACCCUGGGCUCCGCCAUCAGCUUCAAGUCCAAGAAGGUCGCCCCCCUCGCCAUCCAGGAUCCGCCCUCCGAUGUCCCCAUACAACACCCUCCGCCCCCCAGCCCUCCUGUCGACUUUGGCGCCGACCCCACGACUGUCGCUCCUUCCACGCUCUAUUCCUCCAGACUCCCCAACGUUAAGUCCAUAAGGACCACCCGUUCACCAGAACUCGAUGUCGAUGCGAGAUCAGCUCGCACCGCUUCAGAGCCCCGCACACCCUCAGACUACAGGACGUCCUUCCAACCUUCCGUCCUCACCUUCUCCGAACUUGACCCAUUCGCCUCCGGCGGUGUCAUUGUACAACAGGGCCACGAUCCAAAUAGGCUGUCUGCCUACUCCGACUCGUCAAUGCUUGAGCCGACCCAUAAACGCGGGGAGAUCCUUUUCUACAACCGCAUUUCAUAUGCUUCCUCUUCUUCGAAGUCGCAGGGGCACUCUUCCGACAGUCAUUCGAUGAAACUAGCGUCCCCUCGAUCAUCCCGCCUCUCUAGACCCGAAGGAAGCAGACAAAACUCAGCAGGCGGCAGGGACACCUCACUCGCUCCGCCAGUCUCACCUGCAUCUUCCCGAAGACAGAGUCCUUCCGGGUCAUCGGGCUCAACAGUGAGGGCAGGCGAAGGGCCAAGUCGUCUUAGCGAACCUGUGCCGGGCAACUUGUCGUUCCAGCGUGCUUCCCCAAUGUCCGCGCAGAGGUCGCGAGGUAUGACGAUAGGUGCGCCGGGGAGCAGCGAUUGGCGACCUAGUACCGCCAACCCCUCCCUGCCGUCGGCUGUGCCUGCACGACUGCGGAAGGUGUCUGACACAUCGCUUGCCUUGCCCAAGGGCUUCUUCUCGUCUGCUUCGACUUCCUCUCCGAUCACCUUCAGCCGCUCACGGUCAUCUACCGUCAAUAGCGCUGAGUCCUUCGAAUCGCCGAACAUGUCUCCCUCAUCGACAGCACGCCCGCUUGUCGUCGUGCGUAAGGCGUCGUCGACAAAGGUGACUCUACCACCACUCAGUCGUGCACCGUCUCAGGACCUUCCGCCGACACCAUUCCCUGAAUCAAUCCACGGCGGUUCUGAUUCCCUUGAUGACCUGUCCCUAUUCCCUGACGCACCGUCUUCCAGUUCAUCGAGCAUGAGCUUCGCCCCUAGUAUGGAUCUGGACAUGGCCACCGUCACCGGCGACAUGAUCAAUCAGCUCUUACUGCACAGCUACGAAGAACUGCCCGGGCCAAGGGCGAAAGGAAAAGAACGUGCAAGCCGCCGAAAAGCGAGCAGCACGAGUCCCUCCGACACGUUGCGCGACUUUGAGCUCGUACAGCCCGGGCCCUCAUCCUCCACAAGUAGGCUACCAUCUACGUCGACUACCGGCGAAGGUGGCUCAGCAGACUUCAGCGGAAGCAUGUACUCAUCGACGCGCUCCCUCACCAGAAUAUCGUCGCAGCAGAGCUUGCUUGGCAAGCGAUUCUCCGGAGCCAGCCAGUCAUCAGCUGCAUCAGGAUCUGUCGGCCACGAGGAUGGGUUCUUCGGAAAGAGCAUGUCUCCCGGGAUGAAGUCCCCACGAAAACAACGAUCCUUUCACCAUUCCCGCCUCCCCUUACCGCCUAUACCCGCGCUGCGCCAUGCAACGUCAGACGUGGCACCACCUGCGUUACCCUCAUCGCCACCUCUCGAGCAGCGGAAGUCCUCUGGGAGCGGACAUCAGCCGGCGCGGAAGCGGCUGUUCUCGGGCUCGAGUGCGCGGAGGAGUACAUCGUCACACGGGCCAUCGAGCAGUGCAUUGAGCGGGGACGAGGACAACCGUUCGAUAUACAGCGUCGACGAUCUGCGCGCGGCGGGCCAGAAGAUCGUCAUGUCCUUCGGCAGCUUCGCAAACCCGCUCUCGCUGCUGACGAGCAACUCGUGCGUUGCGCCGGGCUCGUAUCUGCCAGAUGCGAACAUGGCGGCGACCAUGUCCUUUCCGCCGGAGCCGCAGACCCCACAAAGCCCUCAGACUCCGCAGACCCCGACGGGGAUGGGCUCGAGCAAACGGACGUCCCAGACGGAGUAUAUCCCCCAACAUAUCAUGUCGCCUGCGGAGAUGCUGAAGUUGGAGCAGCAGUUGGCUCGAGAAGCGGCGUUCACGGAGCAAGGUGACGAGGCGGACGAAUACUUCGAGCCUGCCGCGGACACCGAUGCCUCCACAUCAAAGGCCGACCACCGCGCGUCGGUCGUGUCGGCUGCGACUUCUGCGUUUGGUGAUUCCGGCCUACGACCUAGGAUAGACAGGACGCCUGUCUCCUCGCCGCCUAGGAAGUCGUCUGCUCUUCCGACAGCUGUGACUAGGUUGAGGAGUUCGGCGGGAGAGCCGUCUCGCCUCCCUUUCCGCAGUAACUCUGCACUGGCACAGGGUCCCCGCAAGCCCUCCUUGACGGUUCGGCCGUCGACUGCUACCUCUGGACAGCCCUCGCCGGCCGCGGCGAUGGCGGCUUCGGCAGAUUCGCCCCAACAGGCCGCCUGGAGUCUGCCGCCUCCACCAAGAUCGCGUCCAGUCCGUCAUGUGCAGCCCAGCCAGAGCGAAAGUGACAAGCGUCUCAGCACGGUACCCAUACAGCCGCUUUCGCCGCCCCCUUCACGCCCGAGGGGUCGCUUCUCAUCUUUGCAAGGACCUUCGACACAUCAUCGCCCCUCGCAACCGACUUUAUCACGACCUCCGAGCGCAUUUGAACAGAAGGCGAUGAAGCGGAAGUCUCUCAUGAAGAAGCCUUCGUUCCUCGAUAUAGAUGACGAGGCGGACGCGGCUUCGGAGAGCCUCAUGGACGUGAAGCUGGACGCGCUAGACUCGCCGACCAUGGACAGCAGCUUUCUGGACAUGGAUAGGGGGAAAGAUUCUUUUGACACAGUGCGCAGCUCCGAUUCUCUACUUUACGUCUAGGGAGUGCCCUUGUUCUCGAUCUCUCGUUUCGUAUGUAUUGCUCUUUAUUACGUAUAUUGCCCAGCGCGUCACUGUAUUGGCUGCUCAUGGCUACGUAUUUCGAUAGCACUUUACUUUCGGAUGCAUGCGUUGUCUUUUCUGCUCCCCCUCUUUCUUUGCUUUACUGCUUCGCGUAUAUUCCUGUAAUGGUCAGUGCAUCGCCCUCUUGUAUGACUCAUGGAUACCUAGGUCCCAGCGCGAUUACGACAGCUAUUCAUGAUCCAAUAUCCAAACUGCGGAUAAUGCUACAUAACUC